AUCUGAUUCGUGCAUCGCCGAUCUGCCGGAAGUGGGGCCCGCAGCUGUUGCAGUCCUCUCGUGAAUCGAGUGAAGAAGUCUUGUUUGGUGACCGUGAUUAGUCAGCCGCUUGAAUCCUUAUCAAUAAUCGGGUGUCGGAGCCGUCGGCUGACGCGAACUGCGAGUCCAAGACACCGUCGAGUCGGCGGCUAAACACAUGGCGGACAGGAGAUCGUGCAGACUCCGCAACUCGGUAAACGCUCCCACCACGUCGCCUGCCUAGCACAGGAGGACCAUGGCCGAGGAGGCCAGCGCGAGGGGCAGUCCAUCGCGACAGUCAGGUGGGCAGAGGAUGCCUCCACAGCCGCAUCCUCGCCACCGGCGGCUGCCCCCGGAAGCAGAGGAAGAGGAGCAUGAGCUGCCCCCAUCGCCUCCGCGCACUUCGCCUCCUCCGCCAGCGCCUGAGCCACGGCUGUCGCAGCUCUUUGAUCGACUUUCCCAUCUGACAGAGCUCACGCACAAUUUGCAACAGCAGCAGCAGCAGCAACAACAACAACAACAAGGCAGCCCGAGGCUAUUGCCUCGAAGAGCUAGGGCCCCGCUGUCACCACCAAACAUCUCGUAUGGACCAGGCCCAGCAGAUGAGCCGCGGCCAAAUGCACAACAACGCCUGCUCGCCGACCUUGAACUGCUGGAGGCGGCCGGGGCGGCAGACGUCAGUUCGCCAGCCCUUUUGCUGGCGUACUGGGCAGCCUCUGGAAGGCCUCCACCAGGGCCCCCGCCGGCCUCGGUCGACUGGCAGCAACGGUGCGUCGAACUGGAGCUGGAACUUCAUCAAUUCCGCAUGCAAGCUGGAAGGGUGCGUGAUCUUCUACGAGAUAAGGUAUGUCCCACAAAUGCCAAUUCAGACGAAAUCGCGGACUUAGAACUGGAUUACCUGGCCGAGUUGGAAUCUCGUCUGUUGGAAGCUGAGAGCAGGGCCGAUGAAGCCGAGGAUAAAGUCAGGAGCAUGGAGCAGAGAUUGGCCGCGGAAAACCCGGCCGACUGGUCACCCACCCCCAGCGGUGGCGGCGUCGAGAUUCACGGAAAGGAAAAGGAAAUCUCGCGGCUAGAGUCUCAGGUAGAAGAACAGCGGCUGCUCCGCCUGCAAGAUGCCAAACAAGUUGAAGCGAAAGCAGCUAAAAUCAAGGAGUGGGUUACCAAUAAACUUAGAGAGUUGGAGGAGCAGAAUCAACAAUUGAGGGAGCAGAAUCAAAAGUGCACCGAGCAGCUCGACCUCUUGCGAAACCACCUGACGCAACUGGGCCGACAGAGACGAGGAUCCAGCAAAGACAGACAUACGUCCAGAGCCAGCCUUGCGGAGGCUGACCAGUCACCGCCCCCAGCCUCCCUGCCCCCAGAUCUUCCAGCUCGUCCUGCCUCAGCCUCUUCCUCUUCUCUCGGGCUGUCGUCCACUCACGGUUCUUCCCUAGGACACCGCCGCUCAGACAGCCUGGGCUCUUGCUCUCCGGAACCAAUGUACCUGGACGCAGACCACGGUGGGGGAAGGAGACGAUCGAGACACCAAAGACUUAGUCCUGGCCCAAGCAAUUUGACCCGUGAUAUACACGCUGCUGUGGCGAGCCUUGUUCACCUGCCGGCGGCGUCGCGCACAAGUCCCUGCGCCCCUUCUAGCACGCCAUCCCUCCCUGCUUUCCAAGUUGAUGACGGCCAACACGAUUACGCUGAAAUAUACACGCCAAGCAAAGAGAGCGUUACAGGCUCCUGGGGCGCUGCUGGAACCUGCAGGGAAAGCUCAGGAGGCAGCAGCAGCGGCGGCAGUGACCAAAGAGCAGACCAUUCCCAAGCCUCCUGCAGCUGCAUCGACGACUCCAGACCGCCGACACCCCCGCUUCAUAGAUUCCCCUCUUGGGAGUCGAAAAUUUACCAAGUAGCGGACGAAGGCUUCCAGCUUCCUAGCAUUGUAAACGGCACUUCGACAAUGAAGAGUGACUCUACAAACAACAACACCGGCUCCCUCAGGGGACCAAAACCUGGAGGCUAUAUUGGGGACAUUAGCGUACCCGUGUACGCUACCGUGAAGGGGAGAGCCAGCCAGAUCCGGUCCAUGCCCUUCACUGGCGAUUCUUCCGACUCCUCUGACGGCGAAGAUGGCCAUAACACGGCCAGCCAAGAAAACACCCUUCGUGGCGUGAGCAGGACCAGCAGUGGCGGCGACACCACGGACCAGUCUUCAGGGGACACGGGAUCUAAUCCAAGCAAGAGUUUAAGGACGUCCAUGCAGGGCCUCACACUCUCACCUGCAGCCAAACUCAAUGCAACAAAUAGCAGCUCAUCUCCGUCAAAGAUUAAAAGAGAAAACUGCUCAAUGGAGUCAGCUACCAGCGAGGAUUACGCCAUUCCACCAGAUGCGCUGUCGUGCUGCGAAUCGACAAGCAUUGAGUCUUCAAUGCCCUCCUUGGUAGCCGGCCGCUCCAAUUCAUGCAUGAUGGAUGUGCACGUCACGCCUGUGCACUCAGCCAACAGCACGGGCAACAGGGAGAGUUUGGAGAAGCAAGGCUACCUCACCAAACUGGGUGGCAAGCUGAAAACCUGGCGGAAGCGGUGGUUCGUUCUUAAAAACGGCGUAAUCAUGUACUGGAAAUCGCAGAAUGACGUGAGCAGAAAGCCGCAAGGCCACAUCGAGCUCGAUGACCUGUGCAGGGUCACGAGAGCGGAAGGCGCAGCCACGUUUGAGAUCUCAACUGGUAAAAAGACGUACUACCUGACAGCAGACUCAAUCGCCGCGAUGGAGGACUGGAUUAGAGUGUUGCAAAACGUGCAGCGGAGAAACGCGACCAAGCUGCUCCUGCACAAGGAAGAGCACAAGCCGACCAUCCAGGGCUGGCUGACCAAAGUCAAAAACGGACACACGAGAAGGUGCUGGUGCGUGCUAAUCGGAAAAAUGUUCAUGUACUUCAAAGGGCCUACAGACAAUACUCCACUUGGACAAAUCAAUAUGAGAGACGCGAGAGUCGAGGAGGUCGACCACGUCUCAGACUCAGAUAGCGCAGAGGAGCACGACGGCGAUCGCAUCCACCUGCACUCUUCAGACCUCACCAUUGUGCUCCACCCCUCGCACCAGGGGCCCACGUACCUGAUAAUGCCAACAAAGCAGGAUAAGGAUACGUGGAUGUACCACCUGACGGUUGUGUCAGGGGGAGGCUCAAAUGCUGGCACUCAAUAUGAACAGUUGGUGCAGCGAUUGAUGGAAGUUGAUGGCGACCCAACUUGCGUUCUUUGGAGGCAUCCACUACUCUUACACACCAAAGAUAGCAUUACUUCACCCUUGACUACUCUGCCUAGAGAAGAACUGCAAGCGGAAGCCCUAAAACUCUUCAAGUCCUGUCAACUCUUCAUGUCGGUACCACUGGACGCUGCAGGCAUCGACUACCACGUGGUGCUGGCGCAGAACGCACUGCAACAGUGUCUCACGUCCCCGGAAUUGCAAGCAGAACUGCUGUGUGGAUUGAUGAAGCAAACAUCCAGGCACCUCCAACACAAGAUUGGAGUGCAGGUAAACCCUCGCCUGCUGCUCUCCGACAAGCUUAGGCACUCAAAGCGCCGCCAGUUGCUGCUGUGCGCCACGCAAUCGUUAUUCUUAUGUGACGCCGCAAACGCUCAACAGAAGGCAUCUCCGACCUCGCAACAGUCUGCACCCGGCGGCGCCAUCGGUGGCGCCGGACCCACUGGGGCCGGUGCCACGGGCGCCGCCUCCACGGCUGGAGGCAACAACGUGCUGCCUCUCGACUGCAAGGCCAACCCGCCGAGCUUCGUCUUCAUCCAGGGCUGGCAGCUGCUUGCGCUCGCUGUCUCCCUCUUCCUCCCCAGGAACAGCCGGCUCCUCUGGUUCCUGCGCCUGCACCUCGCCAGAAAUGCAGACUCCAAAACGGAAUGCGGAAAGUAUGCCGCGUACUGCCAAAGAGCAUUGGAGAGAACCCUGGCAAAUGGAGCUAGAGAAGCGAGACCGUCAAGAAUGGAGGUGCUGUCCAUCCUUCUAAAGAACCCCUACCACCACUCACUUCCCCAUGCUAUCCCAGUCCACAUGCUAAACGGAACCUACCAGGUUGUGAGUUUCGACGGCUCAACGAUUGUGGAGGAGCUUCUGGCGUCUUUAGUGCAGGAGAUCGGGUGCCGGGACGUGACCCAGUCGGGCUUCACCCUGUCCAGCGAUGACCCCAUUGACCGUGAUUUAGAGCACUACGUAGCGCACUCGGCGAAAGUCUGUGAUGUGAUUUCCAAGUGGGAAGUGGCCUUGAGGGAGAAGGGCUCGGGCAAGUUUGAGAACUCACGGGCUAUCAAGCUGAGCUUCAAGUCGCGUCUUUGGUGGCGGCACAACACCAAGCGCGAGACGGACAAGGAGCGGCUGCUUUUGUGUUACCAGUGCUCCCAGCAGGCGGCCAGAGGCCGCAUGCCCCUCAACAAGUCGCUCGCGCUCGAGCUGGCCGCCCUGAUGGCCCAGAUCGACAUGGGCGAGUACCCUGAGAAGGCGCCGCCGGGCAAUCCGCACUUCCUCGCGCAGCAGCUGCAGUCAGCAAUGGACAAAUUCCUGCCCGCAAGGUACAGAGACAACGCUACGCCCCAACAGCUCACCGAGCUGCAUGAUAAUUUGGCUGAGAAGUGGAUCGCCUUACGUGGAAGGAGUGUGAUUGAUUGUGUUAGAAUUUAUUUGACGUGCGUCAGAAAGUGGUCAUAUUUUGGAACUUCACUUUACCAAGCCAAAAUGUGCUCAGGUCCAGAAAAAGGUGUUGUGUGGAUGUCUGUGGGCGAGGAUGCUGUGACAAUUCUUGAGCUGGGCACAAUGGCGCUGAAGGCGCGAUAUGCAUACACCAGCGUGGUCACCUUUGGCGGUUGCCAAGAUGACUUCAUGCUGGUGGUCAGUAGGGAGGCAGAGGGCAAGGGCACGUCCCAAAGACUGCUGUUUGCUUUGAGCCAAGCAAAGAUUCUGGAGGUGACUCUGCUGAUAGCCGACUACAUGAAUGCCUUAGGCCAAACGCUGCCUGGAACGCCACAGACUAGCUCUCUGACCCGGCACGGCUCGCACCGGUCGCAGAGGUCGCGCGCCGUGGGCACCAUGUCGCACUGCGGCACCAACUCGCGAGGCCAGCACUUUAACAUGACAGCUUCGACAGACACCGCAUAGCCCUCGGCCACUGAUAGUCCAGUAGCAGCGACAAGCAAAUCGCCAGCACCCAAGAAGCCAGCAAAUAAUGUCCAAACCAAUGGCUGCUGUCAGCGCUCAAGGCACAUAACAUACAAACCAGGCUGUAAAUUUUAAAGGAAAGAAAAUAACAAUGAAUUACAAAAAGUGCUAAAACAAUGAAGGACAUUUCGAUUUAAAAGUGGUUUAGGCCCAUGUGCGGGAGAUUUUGAUAUUACCAAUUGUGUAACUCGGUAAAUUUAUAUGUUAAGGUACGACUUGUAAUAAGCUAAAAAAAAACACACACACACACACAGUUCUUGCAACUGCGAGCAUUCCUAAGUUGUUCUCGAUUGAUAUUAAAUAAGUAUAUAUGUAUUUUUGCUUUAACUGCAUAACAAUGAGAAAAGCUCUGAUUUUGAAACGUGUAUUGACAACUUUACUGGUUUUUUUCAUAACUGAUAUAAUAUAGACAAAAUAUUUAAGCA